AUGUCCCGGUGCGUGUCAGCCAGCGACACGCCGUGCAGGCACUGCGCUGCCACGGGGAGGAUCGAGCAGGAGGAGGGCAGCCGACGGCCGUGCGUGUGCCCUGCAGAGCGGGAGGUGGUGGCGGAGUGCGCCCUGCAGCUGCGCAGGAUAGGCGACAAGUGGGACCUGCGGCAGAAGAUCCUGAACCUGCUCACGAAGCUAUUCUGCCCGGAAACGUGAGCUCCCCUCGGACACGGUGUGC